CCGAAGGUUGGUAUGCAUGAUUGUCAAAGAGUACAUCGAACUGUCAUAUUAUUGUGUACAUCAAGUUUAAAUUUCAAAAUUCCAGUGUUUUCUAAAAAUGAGUUUAGACGCGUGUAAUAAAAAUGUUUGUACCAUAGAAGAUUUACCUGAAGAAGUAUUAGAAUUCAUUUUAAGUUUAAUUCCUCCAUAUAAAGAUCUUCACGAUUGUCUACAAGUCUCAAAACGAUGGCGAAGAUGCGUUCUAAAUGUCGCAAAAACCAGACAAAGAAACUUCGAUAGAGCGAUCUCUGAGUAUGCCAUAGCAUGGCAGUCAGUAACCCCAGUUGCUAUGGCCCCAACGAUCACCAAAAGAUAUUCACACGCAGCAGUAAUUCACGAUAAUUCCAUGUACGUGUUCGGCGGUUGCACAUGUUCGAUGACAACCUUUAACGACCUAUGGCGAUUAGAUUUGUCAAAGCGACAGUGGGUUAGGCCACUUACUAUGGGUACAUAUCCGUCACCGAAAGCGUGUUGCAGUAUGGUGUGCUAUAAAGAUUCGUUAGUUUUAUUCGGCGGAUGGACGCACCCGGCAUCAUAUCCGUUACAUCAGACCUGGCAUCUAUUCAAUGAACUGCACAUAUACGAUAUAACUGCUAAUCAGUGGAAUUAUAUCGUCACGGAGAAUACGCCACCACCGACUGCAGGGCAUUCUGUUUCGGUUCAUGGUAAAUGGAUGGUCAUAUUUGGGGGAUUACAAAGAGCAAGUAAUGUUGUUCAUUCAACAAAGUCUAAUGAUAUUUGGAAGCUGAAUCUUGAGACAUGGACUUGGUAUAAGCAAGAGACUACAGAUGGUAACUAUUAUGUCGAUAUUAUUUUCUAUAAAAUUAUCAAA